AUGGCCAGGAAGGGAGGGGCAGGCCAGGUGCGCACCUGCGGGGGCCUCCCUGGCCGCCGACGUGUCAGCCGCAGAUGCGCGCAGGCGAGGCGGCGGCUGGCGGAGUGCAGUGCGGCACUGCGCUCGCUCGAGGAAGACCAGGACCGGAUCACCAAGGGCCACAGCCAGGCCCCGGGCCCUCCGCUCCCGCCCCGCGACGAGCCCCUCGCACAAACCGGACCUGAGCGUUUUGUUCGUUCGGCUCGCGUGAGGCAGGGGCGGCCUGUCAGCAUUCGCCCGGAGGCCCAGCCCCAUCGCCACGCAGGCACCUGCCGCGCCGCUGCCACACGGGUCGGAGAGGCUGUGCGCCGCUCCCAGCUCAAGAAAAUCCAGGAAUACAGCGCGGAUCUGGGAACUCAAUUUGGGAGGAAAGAGGCUGCGAUGGAGCCAUCUUACAGGGAAGAGAAGACUGAGGGGUCCGCGCCCUCCGCGCCGGGCUGGCCGGAGUCCGCCUGCCUCACACUCCGAGAGAAAGAGGUCCAGGGCCGCCACGGUCGGCUGUUGAGUGACUGCACGAACACCUGCGAGCGAGGAGGCCUGCGAAGGGUGCGCUCAUCAAGGUGGAACGCGGUCUGGAUGGCCUAUGAGUACCCCAAUUUCCAGGGACAGCAAAUCAUUCUGGAGAAGGGUGACCAUUCUUUCUGGAGCGCCUGGAAUGACAGUGGUGGCCACCACAGCAGCGACCAGCUGCUCUCUUUCCAGUCUGUGUUCUGCCGGAACCACAGUGACAGCCCUGUGACACUAUUUGAGGGGGACAACUUCCAGGGUUGUGGGUUUGAACACAGUGAUGACUAUCCAUCCCUGCCCUCCAUGGGUUGGGCCAGUAGGGAUGUGGGUUCCCUUAAAGUCAGCUCUGAAGCGUGGGUGGCCUACCAAUACCCAGGCUACCAGGGUUACCAGUAUGUAUUGGAGCAGGACUAGCAUGGCAGGGAGCUCCAUACCUACAGUGAAUUUGGCACACAGGUCCAUACUGGGCAGCUGCAGUCCAUUCGAAGAGUACAGCAAUAG